GUCACUCAGCGUGGUAAUGUAUUUCCAAGAGUGCAAGACAAGUUCUUACAUGAAGAGGGAGAGUCGAUUUGGAAAACAUCAUCAAUACCAAAUAAAUAUUGGGAGACUUUUCAACGAAUUAAAAAAUACCGCGAUUUAAUACCGCGCCCUCAAAGACAGAGGGCAGCCGAAAAUUUGCCUGGAAGAAAACGAACAUUAGAAACCUCUGAAGACACUUCCACGAUCUUGCGACGAAAAACCCUGUUGUACUCCGAGCCCACAUACAGACCGAGCAUUGGCAUCCACACGGGUAAAAGACUGCAUAUUGACCCACGGCGGUUGGUGUCGAUCCUGGGCGACCCUCUACCGUAUAAACGAAGUAACAUCGCCAAUCAUAAGGCGCGUUCUGUUAGGUCUAAAAGGGUCCUAGGGAGAAGAAAGGAGCGUAAAAGGGGGGCUCAUAGAAAAAUGCACUUCAAAAACCCCUUUAUGCAUAGUUGGCGCCAAGAAAACCCAGAUUGGAUUAAACAAGACAUGGAUGAGUUUUAUUCCCAGGAUUUUGAUUCGGAUUAUUUGGACGAAAAAUUAACCAGGAGAGAUGAAAGUGAACAUAACAUGUUAGAGCGUCUCCUAGAUGAUUCCUCGCCGUCUUUCGGGACAAGAGAUGAGAAACUCGAGGAAGAGUCUACAAUAAAACAGAUCGAGGACCUGAGUAGGCAGAGCACAGCUCUGUCUAAAGAUUAUAACUUCACAGAUCUACCGUCACAAUUUGCGAACAUGGAGGUCUCUGAAGGAGACCUACCUUGGUAUGAUCGUGUCAAUGAUGGUGGUUUAAAUGUUCGAAAAUCGAGGGUUACACGAAGUAAGGAUAGAAGGCACCACCACACGAAGACAAACCUAAAAUCUAAGAAGCAGUUUACUCAGAAUCGAGAAAAGAAUUUCCGGGCCACCUCCUCAUCUCUUCCUAAGCAACGACGGAAUAAACGUUCUUUUUAUCAUCAUCACUUAAGGCCACCAUCUGCUCUGCAAGUAAGAUCUGCCCAAAUGUUCCCUUACUAUGAUUACCCCUAUGCGAUGGAUAACAGUGAGUCAGGUUUCAUACAUUUUCACAGAUUCCCCACCUUACAUCGAUAUCCCAAUCUGCAGCGAUGGCCAGAAUCCACCAUGUCUACGAUGGCAGAACGUUUCAUUCCUUUCCCUCGUCUACCAAAGAUAACUGAAUUCUCACCAGAUCCACUAGAAAGACUAGAACGAUUACCACCCCCCUCACCAAUCCCACCGGCCAUAAUGGACCAAGAAGAAGCUGGGACUCGAGAGGACGAACCCAUUGAUGAGUUAACCCCAUUACCUGAACCUAUUCCUGAGCCGGAACCUCCUCCAAUACCUGAGCUUGCCUCUAUAAAAGAGAUCCCCCCCAUUUCGGAGCCUCAGGAAAAGGCUCCUGAUAAUUUGGACCCUAAGAAGACGUUUGAUACCGGAGAGAGCAACGGCGGAGUCAAAAAGAGCACUUCCCGAUAAUAAAUAGAAAAACGACAGAAGAUACAGAAAUGUUAAAAAACAAAAAAAACAAAAAAUGGUUUUGACAAAAAUAUCUAGAGAUGGAUUGUGAAGUCUGACCGUUCAGACAACAGUGGUUCUGAGAGGGUCUGUCCUCUAUGACAGCGACAAAUGUUUGGAGAACCAAGGAGGAAGUCGUCAACAGAGUCAGUAAGAAUCGUGAAAAGAAAGAGUUCAGAUUAACACAAAG